AUGGCCACAGAGACACGACUCCGCAAUCCUCGAUAUUACAAUGAUAAGUUGGUUAAUGUCACUACCUCUCAUCCCUUGCCUCUAUUUGUGGAACCACGAACUGUUCGUCAAGCCUUGUCAGAUGUUCGUUGGAAAGAAGCUAUGUGUGCAGAGUAUCAGGCUCUAAUGCAAAAUGGAACAUGGGAAUUGGUACCGCGGAAUGGUCGUGUACCCAUGUCCUGCAAGUGGGUGUUCCGGGUUAAGCGAAAGGCAGAUGGUAUUGUUGAUCGGUUUAAAGCUCGCUUUGUUGCUAAAGGUUUUUUGCAGGAGCCCGGACGAAAUUACUUUGAGACGUUUAGCCUUGUGGUUAAACCAGUUACUAUUCAGAUAAUUCUAACUAUUGCUUUAUCACUGGGUUGGAAUCUAAGACAAUUAGAUAUCAAAACGCUUUCCUUAGUGGCACCUACAUGA